ACAGCCCCCUUGACCAGCUGUCUCAUUCAGAGCCUGGGAACUGGGGCUUCUUUAAACACAGCUGGGGUGGAGAGAGCUGAGAUUCUGUGCUGGGAUUUGGGGGACGCCCCCGCGGCGCAUGGGUGUGGAGCUGGGAGGCGUGGGGGCCUGCUGCUGGGCUGAGCUCUAGGGCAUGGAUUGUACGUAGUAGGAUUCGAGGGGCUCCUGGCAGCUCCCCAGGCGCUCCCUGCUCCCCUGCUCAGGGCCUGAUUUGAGAGCAUUGUCUUAUUCAGUCCUGGAGGCCUUCUGGGUCUUCUAGAAGCCCUGGCUAAAAUUCCCUAGCUUGAGCAAGCCACUUGACCUCUCUGGGCUUUGCAUGUUCCCAACUAGAAAGCAGGAGUGACGGUCUGCACCGUUCCUGGGGUUGCCCUGCCGAUGAGGGGAGGAGACAUUGGCAAAGGCGUGGGGCACAGAGAUCCGGCUGUCCGUGAUUGUUCUGGAACCUCAGCUGCUUUGAGGCACUUGGUCAGGCUGCACUUUAUGAGAACGAGCCCAGAGAACCCCCCAGCAAGGGUGCACGCACAAGUGGGAAUUGCCAGGAAGGGGAGGAGGGACCUGGCUGAGAAAGAUGGGGGCCAAAGACCAGCGUCACACACCUGGUGCCUGUGCAUAGCAGAUGGAGGGUGGAGACAGGGUCACAGGGUUUGAGAGCUGGAAGGACCUCGGAGGUCACGCAGGCCACCGGCCCGCUCAGACCACCAUUGGCUGACGCAGAUGCGGCCCAGAGAAGGGCAUGACUCGCUUACAUCCCAUGGUAAGUUCUCGCACAGGCUGGUCUUGGACUCCCCCUCCCAAUCAUAUUGAGAAGCUGAAAGAGUAGGAAGGAUCCCAGGGUGUGGGAUGGAGUGGGGCCCGAGGACGGCAGCCUGCUCGGCCAGCAGUCGGAGACAGACGGGGCCCACAAUGCAGGGGAAGGCCGUUUGGUGCCAGAAACGUCGGCAGCAGAGAAGAGAGAGAGCUCAGGCUUGGGGUGGGAUAGGGUCACCUAUAAAGAAGCCCUAGGGCCUGCAGACUGCUCAGGGUGGCAGCAAGGUCCGCUCAAGAAGGCCGUUGGUCGUUUUAAAUUUAAAUAAACGUAAGUAAAAAGUCUAAAGGCGAAUAAAUUGUAACAUUGCAGAAGGGAAUAGAGUCGGUGUGUCCCCCAGCCCCUCUUUUCCUCCCUGGAGCUGCUGGGGUGACCUGCUGCUUGUGCAGCCUCCCAGGACGCUUUUCUAGAGACGCGAGCAUCUGUGACGUGUAUGUACACCCGGUUCUUUCCUCCGUCUGCUCCUCCCUUGCUUUUCCCUCGGAGGUCUCUGUCUGUCCCCCACACAAGCCUCUCUGGCUUUUGAACAGAUGCAUGGUAUUUGGUUUUCUGGAUGAACCACAGGUGACUGGGCUGUUUUGAAGUUCAUGCCACUACAGAGGGCCGGCCUGACCAUCCCUGUUUGCGGAGCUUGAGUUCCUGUGCGCAGAUUCCCUCGUAGCUGUUUUACAACUGAACCAUGCUGGUGGGGCUGCCCCACUGGGGCACUGCCAGGCCCUGAGCGUGCAACGUGGAGCAGCAGGAAGGGCUUGGGAGAGCCAGAGAAAGAUGCCCCAGGGAAGUGGGUCUCGAGAAGAAUCUCGAGAUGAUGACAGGGUUCUUCACAUGGAGGUUUGUGAGCACCCUGCGUGUGACGGACGUCCUGAAUGACAGCUACGCCUGGCCUCUGCUCGUGUACAUGGGCGCCAGCUGCGUGUACCCCCUGGCAUCCAGCUGUGCGCACACCUUCAGCUCCAUGUCCAGGAACGCCCGGCACAUCUGCUACUUCCUGGACUACGGCGCCGUCAACCUCUUCAGCCUGGGCUCGGCCAUCGCCUACUCUGCCUACGUGUUCCCGGACACACUGGUGAACACCACCUUGCACAGCUACUACGUGGUCCUGGCUGUGCUGAACACCAUCGUCAGCACCGGCCUCUCCUGCUACUCCAGGUUUCUUGAGAUCCAGAAGCCCAGGCUCUGUAAGAUGCUCCGUAUCCUGGCCUUUGCUUAUCCCUACGCCUGGGACUCCCUUCCCAUCUUCUCCAGGCUGUUCCUGUUCCCCGGGGAGAGUGCACAGAACGAAGCCACCUUGUACCACCAGAAGCACAUGGCCAUGACCCUCCUGGCCUCUUUUCUCUACUCCGCGCAUCUGCCAGAGCGCCUGGCCCCUGGACGCUUCGACUACGUUGGUCACAGUCACCAGCUGUUUCAUGUGUGUGUGAUCCUGGCCACACACAUGCAGAUGGAAGCCAUCCUUCUGGACAAGACUCUGAGGAAGGAAUGGCUCCUGGUCCACUCCAGGCCCCUGUUGUUCUCUCAGAUAGCUGGAGCCAUACUUCUGUGCCUCGUCUUCAGCCUCGGCAACAUAAUCUAUUUCUCAGCUGCUCUGUAUCGGAUUCCUGAGCCAGAAUUACGUAAAAAAGAAACAUGAUUCAGAUCGUAAGCUUUUCGUGCCAAAUGUCGACAUUAAGCUACAACAUCCUAACCGCCAUAAGCCAGUGGCAUGGUGCCAGUUUACAGUGGUCUAAAAUAUUUAUAAUGGUUGGUGUCUUGGUGUUUUUGAAUGGGUUCAUGUCAAUAAGGUAUUUAACUGGGGACAUGUCUCUAGAUGUGCAUUGGUUCCAUAUGUGCAUUGGUUCCAUUGAAAAUGGGAACAUGGGUUCAGUAAGUCCUCAUUCAGGCAAAUCAUUAAUAUUUCCUUUAGUUUUUAAUUUAUUUAAAGUGAGUUCUCCAGUUCUAUUUACACAAUUGGAUUAAGCAUACCACCCUUGUAGCUUUACUAUUAAAUAGUUGGAUUAAGCUUUACUACCCUUGUAGUAUUUCUCUUGGAAAUGGAAUGUGCUUCAUUUGAUGAGUUUCAUGUAACAAAGCCUCUCCCAAGAGCCCCCACAGUGGGAAGAGAAUGAGCUGGAAAGGUCAGUAGGAGAAGCUGAGAAAGAGUAAGUUGGGUCUGUGGGAGCCGUGGGGACGGGAAAGGCAUUCCGGAAUGAAGAAACCUGGUUUGGGGAGUGGUCUUCUUCCUUUCACCACCUACUGAAAGGAAUGAAUAGAAAUAGAGUUCUCUUUUCCCACAAGUCCAUUCUUCUUCACAAUGCAAGGUUCCCAUGUCAUUAUAGAUUUGGAUUUUCUUAAAAGUCCACAGCCUGUGGCUGGGUGUCUCAUGUGCUAUUUUGCUCUGUUUUCUUGUCAUUUUGAUGCUGUAAAGUAUUAUACAGCACAGGUAAAGUGUGUUACCCAGUGGGUGUUGGCUGACUCAAUCCCACCUGGUUGCGCUUGUCUGUCACCUUUUAAACCAAUGACAUCACAAUAUUUGGGGAGGUUAUACAUUUGAUGUUGCUUCGGCAUUUCAUACAUGCUGCAGAAUUCAGUGUUCAUGUGCAGAGGAUGCUAGAAACCUUACCAAAGGGAUGGAAACACUUGGUGAGCUUGUGACAAAUGUAGAUUCCCUGGGCAAAUCAGGAGAUGCUGCUUUCCUAGUUUAAAAUGUUGGUUUCCCGGAGAAGAUCUACACUGGAGUAAGUCCCCCAGGUAAUUCUGAGUCAGGAGGGCCAUGGCCAAACUUGCAGAAAUGCUGGUGUCACAAAUUCCAGAAGGCACGGGGCCUAUCAGCUUUGUUUUGAUUGGCCUAACUUUCAGCAGCUCACCACCUAAGGCUGUGUCCCCUGCUUUCUACUCUGUGGAGUAUUAUAAAACACUGAGUAUUUUCUCAUCUGUUGCAUUACUAAUUAAAGUUCAGUAUUUCAGGAUGUUUUCAGAGAGUACAGAAGUGCUAACACAAGACAGUUUUUAACAGAGGUCCAUCACUCCCUGAUACACCCCAUUACAACGCAGGAUCUUCUUCUGCUGACUCAGGAACACCCCCAUAUCUUAGAAUACUGUCUCUACGGUUUACUGGUCCAGACACUUGAAUGGCCUUAUCGUUCAAUCCUCUGAGGACAAGUAACAAUUUAUAUUGGAUGCGAGUGGUCAAGAUAUAUGAUUUCAUUAGUUUUAUUAUCUGUUUACUUCCUCUGGGGAAGGUAGACUGAUAAAAUUAUAUGGGCUGGUAAAUUUUUGGUACAUUAAUUGCAAGCUGCAUGACAAAAUUUGUUUUUUUUUUGGCAAGAGGCUGACAUCCUUACUGGAAUUUUACUCCAGCAGGGCCUGUGGACUUCCGUUUCCUCUUACUGUUACUUCAGUUUUAUGGUGGGCAAAGUUACAAAGUUUAAACACUCCAUUUAGUAAUGCCAAAGGCAUGAAGGCUUUUGAAUUCUCUUGUUUAUAGAGAAUAAAAUAAGGUUCUUCGUUUAGCUCAGAAGUAGUUCAAAGAUAACGGGUGACUAAUUUGAAGGACUUUUAGAUUAUUUAACCUGUGGUUAUGUUGCUUUUUCAGCAUGCUUAAUGAUGAAAAUGAAACGUUAAAUCAACAAAAUAAGACCAGGUGUUUCAUAAUGUUUUUAUAAGUUUGGUAAACUUAGUCCCAUUGUAUACUUUUGGACAGUGUUACAAAUUAAAAUUUUAUAACAGUUUGCACUACACUGAUUUGGAAGCUUCUCGUGUUGAUUGACAAUGGGUUCAAAUAUAUUAAUUGUCAUUAAGUAUUAUGAAGUCUAACGUGAGUAUUGUUUUGCCUAAGCCGUUUCGGAAAUUAGAAAGGUUGGCAGUGGGUCAGUUGAAGCCUCACUGGGAAGAUGUCUGUUAAGAGAGCAGUUCUCAAGUUUCUGUAAUGUCUCCGUAUGCUUUAGAGCUGUACCAUAUUCCCACUGCUAGCAGUUGCUCACCAACGCCCCGUCUCCAGAGGGGAGGGGGCACACUCCUAAAGGCAUGUGCUUCCUCCCCUCCCCCUGCUUGAGAAACACUACUGUAAAACUUGCCAAUCAUUUGCGUUGUGAUAAAACUCAGACGUGUUUGAAUGAGGCCAUUUGGUCCAUUGCCUCUCCCUUCACUCACAAAUGGAGAGUUUCAUUUUCCUUUGCUCAGUGUUUAGAGAGGAACUCUCCCAUUCUUUCUAAAGGCAUGAAUGUAUCACUGUUGAUUAGAAGUGGGAUGUUUAGAAGCCUCUGAGUACAAAGUGACUUAAAUAUUUGGUCUGCUGCAAUCUUUCUCAAAGGGUUUUUUUGUGGCAGGACCUCAGCUCCCAGGAGAUGUACUGAGGAAGGCAGGGUGGAGAAGAAUGCUGUUGUCAGAUGCAUUGGAGAAAACUUUCAUUUGGAUCUGCUGUGUCUCAGAUUUGUCUUGGCCAUGGUAUCCUUUUCAUAUGAAACACCUAUUAACACUGUGUAACAACACUUUAUAACAUAUUGUUGAAUGCCAGCCUCUGAUUUUCCAGUCGACAGUCCAUUAUGGAUGAAAAGGCAGAGACCUAUUUCCAAACUCAGAGAUGUUCUUCCAACUUAUACUAAUGUCUAGUUUUCUUAAACUGUGUGGAAGAAAAAAUAAAAUUUAUUUAUU